GUCAUCACUACGCGUCUAUAGUUGUUUUGAACCGUUGGAAGAUUUGACGCCGCUCGUGAAGGUAUUUUUAAUGCUAUCACCUUAAACCAAAGAGUCCUAUUUCCACCGUUUAAAUGUUUAUGCCAAGAGCACUGAAAGUAAAGAGACCUGCCCAGGGACCAGACCAUGGUUUGAAUAAGAAAACCAAGGCUGAUCAAGUGGAUUGUGACCAAAGUAAACCGCAGGCAUCUUCGCAAAAGGAGGAAUCGUGCGAAAACACAGAAACACGGAAUGACACUGGUGAACAUUUGACAGAGAGUGCAACAUGUGAAUCUGAAGCUCAGUCCUUCUCAGAUAAUGCAGAAGAAGAGGAGCCAGUCAAGUCAUUCAAGAAGAGCCAGAGAUGGCCCGAGCCGGGAGAACCUGUCUGUGUGAUGUGCGGUCGCUAUGGGGAGUACAUAUGUGAUGCCACUGAUAACGAUGUUUGCAGUCUUGAAUGCAAAGCCAGUCAUUUACUGCAAAUGGGAAUUACAACUGGUGAUGAUGUCUUUAAUGUUAAGGAUAAAAACGAUGACAAAAAGACUUCUCAGCCUCACCGUCCAGCAGUAAACACUGCUGCAAAUGAAUCAGCCUAUUCCUACAGGGAAGAUCCAUUCAUAUCAGGCCUCACAGAUGAACAGGUGGAGCGAAUUAGAUUGGAGCUUGGCAUUAAAACUGAGGGAAAAGAUGUCAGAAGACCUAUUAUUGAUUUUGAACACUGUGGCUUCCCAUCCCUGUUAAGUGGCAAUCUGAAAAACGCUGGUUAUGAGGCUCCAACGCCGGUCCAGAUGCAAAUGGUGCCUGUUGGUCUCACAGGGAGGGAUGUGAUUGCCAGCGCUGAUACUGGAUCAGGGAAGACCAUAGCUUUCCUGCUGCCGGUGGUUAUGAGAGCACUGGAGGAGGCAGGUCAUGGCGUUUGCAGCCCAUUGGCUCUGAUCCUGACGCCCACCAGAGAGCUGGCCAUACAGAUCGAGAGACAGGCCAAGGAGCUGGUGGUGAAAAUCCCAAACAUGAGAACCGCGCUGCUUGUGGGAGGCAUGCCUCUUCCUCCACAGCUGCACCGCCUCAAGAGCAGCAUCAAAAUUGUUAUCGCUACGCCUGGGAGGCUCAACGAAAUCCUGAAGCAGAAAGCACUUCAACUUGACAAAGUAAAGAUUUUGGUGGUUGAUGAGGUUGACACCAUGUUGAAGAUGGGCUUUCAGCACCAGGUACUGGAGGUUCUGGAGCACGUCACAGAGGAACAUCAGACUCUGCUGGCUUCGGCCACUAUUCCAGCGGGAACAGAGGAGUUGGCUGCUCGGUUAGUUCAUGACCCUGUGCGCAUUGCUAUCGGUGAGAAGAACCAACCGUGUGCUAACAUCAGGCAAAUCCUACUUUGGGUGGAGGAGCCCUCCAAGAAAAAGAAGCUGUUUGAAAUUCUUAAUGACAACAAACUGUACCAGCCUCCAGUGGUGGUGUUUGUAGACUGCAAACUGGGUGCCGAUCUGCUGUGUGAGGCGGUUGCCAAGGUGACGGGCCUCAACACCGUGGCAAUCCACUCUGACAAGACUCAGAGGGAGCGCAACCGCAUCCUUAAGGGUCUUCUGGAGGGAGAAUAUGAAGUAGUUAUUAGCACAGGUGUGCUAGGCAGAGGACUGGACCUCGUCAACGUCAGACUGGUGGUUAACUUCGACAUGCCAAAUACAAUGGAUGAGUACGUGCACCAGGUGGGGAGGGCUGGAAGGCUGGGGCACAGGGGAACAGCAAUCACCUUCCUGAAUAACAACAACAAACGUCUGUUCCUGGAGGUUGUGAAAAGGGUCAAACCCACUGGGUCCAUCCUGCCCCCUCAGCUCCUAAACUCACCAUACCUCUAUGAACAACAGAAGAGGGAAAGUCAGAAGACCAAGAUGCGAUCUGACGACACCUUGGUUACUAAAAACAACCUCUUAGACAUCAUAAAAAGACAUGACCGUCGCAAAAAGUAACCAAUUUUUCAAAUCACACCGGCACUGAGGUUUAUUAUGAAAAUAUUAAAUGUUUAGUUUGUGUAUUGUUUUUUUUUAAAUAAACAUGGAUUUUGUACGGUU